AUGGUGAAGCCCUUCUGGGACGCGCCAAGCAAGUCCAACUGGCAAGCCUGGCUGGACGAUCUGGACCUCAGCACCCCCUCCAAGGGGAACCAGUGGUACACCCUGCUGCGCCGCGGCCGCAAGCCGGAGGACUUCGCCGCCCUCAAGAAGACUUUUGACGCCCAGUUGCAACUCACAGGCGUUGUAUCAUCCAUUUGA